UGCAUACUCCGUUGUUCUUGCACUUGACGGCUGCUUUGGGGUUGGCAGUGGAAAUCUAUACAGAGAGCAUUUCGCAGCACGUGAUUUGGUUUUGUAAAGCCAUGCUUCACGCUCAUACGGAGAGAACUCAGGCAUCGCAACAGCCGCAACUUCAGUCCACAGCAAGAGAGGCGCAUUGUAUGAGAGGGCAGUCUGACUGUCUGCAGAGGAACUGGGCGCCAAUCGAGAAAGCAUAUAAAGUUGGAUUAACGAUUGGAUACAUUUUGGGUGGAGGGAGUCUACACCUGGGCGAGCAAUGUGAAGGUUAAACAGGGACCGAUCACCUUAGACUGCAUUGUGCACCCAUUUGGCCCAGUCAUGAAGUCUGUGCUGGAUGGUGUGGCAGACACUACCUUCCGGACUAUAACCUCUGGACUGCAGUAUCUGGGCUCCAACGAUGCCAGCUACGAUGAUGCCACCAUCAACGCUGACUUCACCAAGGGCAGAUUGUCCGUCCAGAAACCCCUCUCUGCCUUCCGUGGUAAUUCUUUCCAAGACAAGGUGCCCGGCGAUGAAGAACUCAUCUUCAAAGGUAUACCUUUCUUCCCCACCAAUGCCACGGACCUGUUUGGCAACCGGAGCGGCUUUGAAGACGACGGCGCCGGCAUUCAGUGUGGCGAGAACUUCAUGGACAUGGAAUGCUUCAUGAUCCUGACACCAAGCCAGCAGCUGGCCGUGGCAGUGAUGUCACUCACCCUGGGCACAUUCACUGUGCUGGAGAACCUCGUUGUGCUGUUCGUGAUCCUCCAGUCCCGAACUCUGCGCUGUCGCCCCUCCUACCACUUCAUAGGGAGCCUGGCUGUGGCCGACCUGCUGGGCAGCGUCAUCUUCGUCUACAGCUUUUUGGACUUCCACGUGUUCCACAGGAAAGACACGCCAAGCGUGUUCCUCUUCAAGCUAGGCGGAGUCACUGCUUCGUUCACGGCCUCCGUGGGAAGCCUGUUCCUCACGGCUAUCGACCGCUACAUCUCCAUCCACAGGCCCCUGGCCUACAGACGCAUCGUCACGCGGACCAGGGCGGUCAUCGCCUUCUGCGUGAUGUGGACUAUCUCCAUUGUCUUCGCAGUGCUCCCCCUGCUGGGAUGGAACUGCAAGCAACUGAAGUCUGUCUGCUCGGAUAUCUUUCCCCUGAUCGACGAGAAGUACCUAAUGUUCUGGAUCGGGGUGACCAGUGUCCUAGUCAUCUUCAUCAUCUAUGCCUACAUGUACAUCCUGUGGAAGGCCCACCACCAUGCCGUGCGCAUGCUGAGCCGCACCUCCCAGAAGAGCCUGGUGGUGUACUCAGCAGACGGAACGAAGGUGCAGAGCACCCGCCCAGAGCAGACACGCAUGGACAUCCGACUGGCCAAGACCCUGGUCCUCAUCCUGGUGGUCUUGGUCAUUUGCUGGGGCCCAGUGCUCGCCAUAAUGGUUUAUGACCUCUUCUGGAAGAUGGACGACGACAUUAAGACGGUGUUCGCUUUCGCCUGCAUGCUCUGUCUGCUCAAUUCAACCGUCAACCCAAUCAUAUAUGCCCUGAGGAGCAAGGACCUGCGACAUGCUUUCAUGAGCUCAUGCCAAGCGUGCCGGGGCAGUGCACAGCAGCUGGACAACAGUCUGGAGUCUGACUGCCAGAACCGGCACAUCACCUCCCACAGGGCCGCGGAGAGCUGUGUGAAGACCACUGUGAAAAUAGCCAAAGUGACCAUGUCUGUCUCUACCGAGACGUCUGCUGAAGCUGUGUAGCUGGUCCUCGUUACGUAACGGCGAUAUUGUGUCAUAGGCUUCAGAGGGACCUUCGAAAAGAGAGGGUGGUGGACCUUCCACAGGAUGUAAUGAAUUACACCCAUUAAGCUUCAGCAGUUCAUGAUUUCAUUGUUUUAUGUUUCUAAAGUGUGCCAGUGUAGUGUUCCAGUGCCUAAGUGCCAAAUUAAUUUGUAAAGGUGACCAAGAGGGCGGACAGACUCAAAAUAUGUUUGACUUAUCCAAGACUGUCAUAAGACUACUGUUGGCCAUACUCUUCAUGACUGUAGAUAGUGGUGGUGAAUUAAUGAAGGCUUAGUAUAUUUUUGUACUGUGAAUUCAGGUUCUGAAAUAUUGAUAUGUUCAUUCAUGGGAUAAGGGGCUACUGAAGUUUUUGAUUAGGAAUAUGUUUUAAUAUGUUAUCAAGAUGUCAAUAUUUGUACCAUAAAGAAGACAUCCUUGAGGCUUUGGGCAGCCAGACGAGGCAUUAACUUUGUAUAGUGUGUUGUUUGAGUUCAAGCUAAUUUACAUAAGGGUCUAACUUUAAUAUUUGUUUACAUAAUACUGAACAUGUUUGAUUCAUAAAGCAACAGAGGAUUCGUUGCUCAUGUAUUCUGUUUUUAUACAUGGCUGAGUUUAUUUUUUAAUAAUAAAAUAACUUACAAGACUUAGGAGAAACAAAACCUGACUUUGUGUAGACAACUCCACUCACUGUUUGGGUCCUCUUUCCUAUAAUAGGAGGGGGAGGAAUCUCAAAACUACAGUAUUAAAUUCAACAACAUCAAUUUGCCAUUUGAAGCCUUAAUAAGCUAAUUUGCGAGUUGUGUUAACCAAAUCAAAAAUCAACAAUAGCAUUCUCUUUAAGGUACAUACAGGUACUGACAGACUGAAACAUACAUACAGUUAUGCCGGCCAACAAUAAUCUUAUUUGUUCUGCCUUUCACCUCUUUUUCUCUAAUCUUGAUGUGCAUUGGCUCUAGUGGUAUGUUUUAGAUAAAAAUGAAUGUAUACCAAACAAUUGUACAGUGUUAAAUACAGUGCAGUUCUUUUACAGUGAUGGAUACACUACCACUACCAUAAUAAACAUAGAAGUACAUGCCAUAGAUAUAAUUCAGAUCACUUUUAGGUGGAUUUCAAUUAAUUCAGUACAUUUGUGAAUAACCUUGCAACUUGAUCAAAUAUUUUUCAACCGAGGCUACUGUAAACAUCUUAUGAAAUUGUUUCAGUGUUAUCAUAAUAUAUAAUUUAGUACUGUUGAUGAGGUUUAUAUAUAUUUUUUAGGAAAUAAAAGCUACUCAAGCAGGCCUAGCUUUUGGAUUAACAAAAAAACUAGAUAGCCUGUCUGUUUUUAGGUUGACUUCAGUUAACUUUUUAUCAAAAGCAAGCAUUUAAUGAUUACUGAGAAAAUUUUACUAUGGAAGUGAAGCUGUGUAUGCGUUGUAUGGAAAAUGAGCCUCUUACAAGUGUUGAUAAAUUUAAUUUUCCAUUAGAUUAUAUAGGACAUUAAAUCUAGAACUAUCACUCAGUUAGCACAAUUGUUCUAUAGACAUUUAUCUUGAUGUUAAACUACUACUGACCGCUGUUUACCAGUAUGCUUUGAGUGUUGGAGAUCUAAUGUCAACUGUCAAGUGGCUUUUGUACAGUGGUGGCAUCUGAGGAGUGUCUGUGGAAAAAUAAAUUGUGAGAUUGCAAUGUAAUGUUUCCAAGCUCUUGAAUAAAGUCACAGCUGGUUAUCA